AAUCUCUAAAUCAGAUUUCUCUAAUUUAUAGCCACACUGAUGAAAAUCCUUGUAUUGACAUUGAACUCACAAACCUGUUCACUGCCUUGAAGUCUGAAACUGCACGAACUACUGAUGUUACAAAGAAGCUGGGCAUCGAGAGAGUGUAUGAACAAAGUGAUGCUGCUGAGUACUUUGAGAAGAUUUUAAGACUAGCCAGUGCUGAUGCGUCACAGAUCUUCCAGGGAAGCCUGGUCCACGCAACCGAAUGCUCUAAAUGUCUAAGCACAAGCGAUGAACCUGCACCUUUCUGGGAUCUUCCUCUGGCCUUGAAGAAUUCCCAUGGCGAAGCCUACAAGGUGGUAAGUAUCCCACAACCUGCAACCCUGAAAGUGUUUUAAGAUGCAAGUUGGUCAAACAAACUAAAUAAAGAUGACCACUGCACCUGUCGAUAAUCAGAAUCUGUUGGAGGGAUGUUUUAAUUGGCACCUCUCUUCAUGUGCUGAGGGGAAGCACGUUGGGACGGUCAGUUCAAGUGACGUGAGUGUCUUUUCAGGUGCACGGCAUUCAAGACUUUUUCAAGGUUUCAGAAUUUGUCGGAGACAACCAGUUAUACUGUGACGAGUGCUGCGCCAAACAAGAUGCUGCUGGCGUGAGUAUAAAUAAAAACCGUCUCUGCAGGGAUCCUACAGUUUCUGAUGGAAAACCUGAAGGAAACUAUUGAAACACCUGUACUUCUUCCAGAAAUACCAGAUAAAGCAACAUCCGGAGGUUUUGAUGUUGCUGCUGAAGAGGUUUGAGUUCAGCUACCAUCAGAUGUCCUUCGUCAAAAACAGCUGUGUUGUGAUUGUUCCACGUAUGCUGACAAUACCUGAGAAUCAGACUUAUGAAAUUUAUGCAUUUGUGGAACAUUUCGGGAGUCUGAGAGGUGGACACUACACGGCAACCAUCAAGUCCCAAGACGAGGACAGAUGGUACGAAUUCAAUGAUUCCACCGUCACACCGCUUCACAAGCAGAUGUUCCAAAACCACACCACUGAGAAGUCGAACACGGCUUAUCUUCUGUUUUACAGAAAGAAAAGUCUUGGAUCCGUAGAAAACAGAGAUGUGUCUGACGACGAAGUUCUCCCACCUGACACUAAUAAGAACUACCACCAGCCACAAGCCAAGAGAAUGAAGACAAGAGAUAAAAAUAUAGAAAUACAGAACAGCUCAAAGGCCAGAGAAGAAAGAUCAGCUGAUGAAGAGGCCUCGAACAAAGGAGCUCAGUCCAAGUGGACUGGACUGUACGGCGACCAGGAUGAUUCUAGGGAAAGAAAAGGUGUGCGUGGCAGCCAUGAUGCUGAGGCUAGACAAAAACCGAAGUAUGAAGAGGGCGUGGGAGGAGAAGCAGAAGGUGAAUAUGCAGAAAUGACAGAAGAUGAGCUGAGGGCUAGAGAGAAGAGAAAAAUUCCUGCAAAAAAAGACAAGGAAGGCAAGAAUGGACAAAAGGAGAAGCAACAUGCAGGGAGGAUUGAAGGAAAGAAAGAAAAUACUGAAGCGGAGGGCCUGGCUUCAACAAAUGUUAGGGAGUUAGAAAGGCAUGACUCUCGUAAAGAUACAGAAGGCAAGAAAAGCGUUAGUUCUGGGGAGCAGAACAUGCAAAAAAAUCCCCUGGCUUGUAAAGAGGAAACUGGUAGCUCAAAGGAGGUAAAAAUGAGGACGCUGCGGGAGGAAAAUAAACCAAAGAUGCAAGUUAAUAACCAGUCACAAAGGGCGAAAACAUCUGAGAUGAGGGAUCAUGUAGAUGAGGAUAGGGAAGGACGAGUUGAUGAUGCACUUAUCACUAAGGAGAACCGAGCCAAAAACCAGGUAAUCAAGAACCACGAUGAGAUCACAGAGGAACCUCUUCCCUUACAGAAGGGACCAGAACUUUGA